AUCGAUGAGAUAAACGCGCAACCCCGCUUUUCGAGUUAAAUCAAUACGAAUUCUAUCGAUUUUCGGAGCCGCAGCCGCCGCACACUGUAUUCUAAGAUCGCACGCGGUGGUUGCGCGCAUAUUAUAAUAUUUUAGAUUUAUCAAAUUCUGAGUGAUUACAUUUUAGAUGUAAAGUGAAUCUAUAAAAUGCACUUUCAAAUAAUCAAAUCGAGAACAAUUUGAGAUCCAGAACAGCAAGUAAACAUGGAAUGAGACAAUGACGUCGACAGAUACGUACCAGUUGAAAUGGCAUUCACACAGUUCCCAUUUGAACGGAUCCGUUGCCUCGCUGCUUCGGUCGGAGCGAUUUACCGAUGUGGUCCUGUGCACCAUGGAUGGAUCCCAGAUCCCUGCCCACAAGUUCAUACUGAGCUCUUGCAGCGUGUAUCUAUGCAGCUUGUUCGAAGGCCAAAGGUCCGUUACAAGAAUGGGCGGGAUGCUCUACGUGGUUCUUCCAUCGGAGAUUUCGACCAAGGCUUUGAAGAUUCUCGUGGAGUAUAUGUAUAAAGGUGAAACCACAGUAUCAAAUGAAGUACUAGACACAGUAUUGAAGGCAGGGGAAGUUUUGAAGAUCAGAGGGCUGUGGAGACAAACGGAUGAGGCAGGGGGAGACUCAGCAACCGCAGAGAGCCAAGCCACUCAAACCACCAACACCAUGGUGACUAAACAAGCCAAGAAGGAUGACACACCUAAAAUUGCUGUCAAGAAAGAUGAUAAGCUGCUUAAGACCUUCAAUCCUAUGCAGCCUCAGGGUGUCACAAGGCCCAUGUUCAUUGGUCCACCAAAGCUAGUUUUCAUUAAGACCACAGAAGGUGGCACGCAGGCCACACUGCGGCCGGGUGGGGGCAAGGGUCAGACUAUACUGGUCGCGCAAGCUCAACCACAGGAGUCCAUAGCUGCCACCGUCACUUCGUCAGCAUCGUCUUCUACUACAGCUACGGUGACUGUGGCAGACGAUUCACCCGACGAAGCCCCGCCUCCCCGUUUGACCGUUCGACACGCCGUUGAGCGGAAAUACGGAAAAAGACAGAAAACAGAACACAUGGAGACCUCUGAUACUAAGGCGGCUGAAGAACAUGAUAAUGCGUCGGUUAGCUCAAAAAAAUCUUCCAUCAGCACAACAGAAAUAACCACAGAAGUCCACGUAAAAGACGAACCAGAUUGGGACGCCAGCAGUAUAGAGGAGGAAGAACGAUCUAUUGCCGAGAUGUUCCAGGCCGAGAUGAGCGUCAAAUCCGAACCUAUGGACGAUAUGGAGAUAGAGGAGGAGAGCUUGCUGUACAGUCCGCUGGCAUGCGAGCUUUGCGCCGAGGUAUUCACGGUGCCAGCGGCGUGGGUGAGGCACGUCGAGAACCACGCGCGCGACCAGCACCACCCCAGGCGACGCAAACAUCGCUCUGCGAGCGACGACACGGAAGAGACGAUGGCACUGCUGCGCUGCGACUUGUGCCAGAAGCACUUCCCCAACCCCGCCGAGUGGGUGCGCCACAUACAGAGCACACACACCGAGACAGAAUUGGCCUUAUCAAACAACAGUGCCCCACCCAAACGUCACAAUCGUUUCACAGAGGGCGCACAGAACAAGACUUGCCCGCAGUGCAAGAAAUCCUUCCCGUCGCACGCCUCUAUGCUUAUACAUAUGCGUACACAUACAGGCGAACGGCCGUUCGUGUGCGGACUGUGCAACAAAGGCUUCAACGUGAAGUCCAACCUGCUGCGGCACCUGCGCACGCUGCACGACCAGGUCAUCAGCCCGGCGCGCCUCGCCGACGACGACGACGACGCGAGCGAGUCGCCCGCGCCGUCCGUGCCGCCGGGGCCGGAGCUCAAGCGCGAGUCCUGAGGACGAGGAGGGCGGGCAGGUAGAGGUCGCGGCCGGCCGCGCCGCUCGGCGUACGGGCCGGCGAGCGCCAGCACGCGCGUGCCGCGCGACGCCAUAGCCGCGAGCGCGCUGCGCAAGCAGAGCUACUCGCUGUUCCUCAAGCAGCGCGCCGUGCUCUUCUCCGCCAAGAAGUGGAAAUAGUCGCGCUCCGGCCCGCUGGCCACACGCAAGACGCUGUAGAACGACACUGUUCACACGGACUCUUAUGAUUAGGCUCAAUGGAUGGUCGAACUUUGCAGAUAGAUUGUGAAUGAACAGAGCAGACCAGACUUAACAUUGACAUUUUCAUACAAAUAAAACUGUACGUUUCUAUUAUGACUCAUAAAUCAUUAGUCAUGACUAUAAAAUAAAACUGUUAGGUCGAUUUGCAAUUUGCACCAAUGCAACCUUUUAAAUUUUCCGUGCCCUGGAAUAAAUUUUGCAAUAAUUUACAGAAUUAUAAAAUUUAACUAAACCUAACUUUAUUUGGGUUUAGUGAUAUGUUUCAAAAUGUGAAAAUACUAGAUUUCAGUUCCACUAUUAAUCCUUUGAUAAAUAAUUAUUAUACUACAUAGAUACACAGUCACAUUAUGAACAAAAUUAAACAGAAAGCGUGUCCUCUUCGAAUUUAUUUAUUUACCAAAAGGUAUGCAUUAAAACGUGCGUUAGGAAAGAGUCCGUGUGAACGAAGGCUACUUCACUAUUUUAUUAUCUUCUUUAUAUACGAAAUUACUUCUCAAAAAGAAUCCCAUUUUGUUUGAAUAUUUAGUUAUUUUAACGAAAAAAAACUAGUCGUUUUGAAUGGCAGCGGGCCCAGCGUACAAAUUUCUAAUUCCUGCCCACCCUCCUAUUAAAUUUUAAUUAUUAUAAUACUUACUUUUCAUUCCAUAAUUAUUUGGAUUUAAUUAUAGUCCCCCAUUAACUAAGUUCACUAAAUAAUCUUAAGAUAGUUAUUAAGUACCAUUUACUUAAUUUACUAGAAUAUUAUUGUGAUCUUGGAAGUUUCUAGUCUUGUAUUUUAAUUAUUUUUAGUGAUAACAAAGAGGUUUCGAUUUUAAUUUAUGACAAAAUAAUUUUAAGUUUAAUUUCAGACAGCGUCUGUGGCUUAUAUUUCAAAGAUAAUAUGGAGUUUACAAUAAUGGCAGAAACACCUUAAAUAAAUUCAUUCAUCAAGGUUCAUCUAUACUUUAUCCACGGAAAGAAGUAAUAUAGCGCUGUCUGUGUUACGUAAUCCCAUACAAAUGACAGAGCCAAAUCCUCAGUGGGCGAUAGCCAUUUUGUGGCACUAACCAAACGCAAACGAAACUUGAAAAUUUGAAAUUCGAAUUGAAUUUUCGAAAAAAUUUGAAGUUCAAUCCGAAUUUUUUUUUUCUUCUGGC